CGCAUGGAGCGGCCCAGGUCCAGGAGUACCUCGGAGGCAGCAACAGCAACCAGCUCUGUGGCUCUAUAUGGCACCCACCACAGACUGGAGGGUGGAGAAACCAUGUCUGGAGCGAGCCCUGAGGACCAGCCUUUACGAGGAGCAGAAGGAAGGGCCAGUUCAUCUCACACAGAAGAAGAAUGUCCAAAUUUCUGGGAGAUGGAGCCCAUCCUCACCUCCGUCUUUGGGCAGGACCGAGAGCUACGGCCGGAGGAAAUUGAAGAGCUAAAGGAGGCUUUCCGGGAGUUUGACAAAGACCAUGAUGGCUAUAUCAGCUACAAAGACCUGGGAGAAUGUAUGCGAACAAUGGGCUAUAUGCCCACUGAGAUGGAGCUCAUUGAAUUGUCUCAGCAAAUCACUGGAGGGAAAGUGGAUUUUGAUGAUUUCGUGGAGCUGAUGGGCCCCAAGAUGCUGGCAGAGACAGCGGACAUGAUUGGAGUGAAAGAACUGCGUGAUGCCUUCCGGGAGUUUGACACAAAUGGCGAUGGGCAGAUCAGCAUAGCUGAGCUACGGGAAGCCAUGCGCAAGCUCUUGGGGCAGCAGCUGAAUUACCGUGAGGUGGAUGAGAUCCUCAAGGAUGUUGAUCUGAAUGGGGAUGGCCUGGUGGACUUUGAAGAGUUUGUCCGGAUGAUGUCUCGCUGAGCAUCAUAGCAGCUGGAGGCUGAAGUGCCUUACUGAGAAGAGAGAUCUCAAGCUGUCAUAUCCUCCAGCUUGCAUUCAGGAGCAAAGACAGCAUGCAAGCAUGACCAGCACACCCUGUGCACCCUGCCUGGAGCCAAACAGCCACUCCUAAAGCCCAGAGAUCCACACCAGCUUCAAAACCUUCACAAAGAUCUCCUGAACUAGAUUCCAGAUUGAUACCCUAUCUACUGGAUUAGAGACAGCCAUGAGCAUUUAUUACCCCACACCCUCCCAGGCUCCAGAUAUUGUCAUACCUUGCCUUUACUCGGCUUGCUGCAACAAUGACCCUCACCUCAACCAUUCCUUAAGAAGGGAGUAGGGUUAACCAACCAAUCUCCUCAACUGUUCUGUACGCACCUGUGUGAAACAUCCCAAAUACCUCCCUGACCUACUCCAAGAGAGGCUGCUUCUCUCCACCCUUUCCUUCUCUAAAUGGUGACUGUUUUUUGUUUUUAAAAAAACCCAUGUUGUUCAUUCCCCAUUGUGGCCUGAAUCUUGUCCCCCAUCUCUGGGAUAUCAUUGUAAAUGCCAUCAAUGGCUGUGCUCCCCAAGCACAGUGGAAGAGCAAAAGCAAUGCCCACUAGUGGCACUGAGUUGGCUGUUUCCCCAAACAGAAUGUGGCUUGUUCCACGGGCCGGGUGGCUGCUGUUAAGCCAGCCUUAGAUUGAAUGGGAUCCUGUGGUGAAUGCUUGUUAGGAUUACUGGAAGCUGUGGCUGUGGUCCUGAGGUGCUUCUGAAGUGGUAUAACUGGGAAUCUGGAAGGCAAAACUGUUGCCUUUUUGCCCUGUUCCCAGGGACUACUUCUGCUUUUCUCAACUGUACAUACCAUCAUGCUUCUUUACAGAUUGCCCUUCAGCUAGUGAAUAGGACUCAAAUAGUUACCACAUUCCCACCCAUAAUAAUGCUCUCAGAAGCCCAUAUCUCUGUGGUUUAAAAACUGCUCUGGAAAACCCUGGGGUUCUCCGGAAGCUUACCAGGUUUUCUCAGUGAGAAGAUCAGCUAAUGGUGGACUAGCUUCCCUAAAGGAUGGUUUGUCCACCAUUACCAAUUCGAUUCUGAAAUGCUCAGCCACAGGGAAGUGUUCUGUGUGUUCUAAUGUGCACUCUGCAUUCAUGCACAGUGAUGGGAACUCUUGAGUCCUGGCCAGCAUCCUGCAUGAAAAGAGGAAACACUGCAGAAGUCUCCCCAGAAUCCUCUGCAACACACAGAAAUUCCAAGGUUUCCCUCAGCGUGGGCAUCUUGAUGUGGAUAGGUUUCCCUGAAGCGGGAAAGUUUGAAAACCACUGCUAGAUACCACAGUCCCAUUGUUGGGAAGUAUUCUUCAUUUCAUCAUUGCAAACCUAACGGCUGCUGCUGCUGCUUUUCUCAACUCCACUUCCUGCUCUAGAUGAGAAGGCAAAUACCCUUCAGGAAAGAUGAUGGCUUCAAGCAAUUUCAUUUUGUUCCCUCAGUUCUGCAUGUGACCUACAUUCUUUUUCUCACAGAUGUGAUAUCGUGCAUUUGGCUGUAUCAAAACACAUAUUCAAAUGAGCUCAGUAAAUCCAGAGUUUACAGUGGGUCAGCUUUAUGUAUAUUAUCCACAGUUCCAACAAUUCUAAUAUGACUUUACAACUCUACCAUAAAGAUUGCUGUAUAGAUCACCGAUAUUCAUACGAGUAAAUCAUCACACAGAGAUAAGAACCUGUGGUUAUCUGUCGUCAUUAGGGCUGACACCUGAUUAAAGAAAACUUGAUUAAUUGUUUGGGUGCAAGUUGAUUAAUCAAGUUAUUAAAUCUGCACAAAUGUGUAUAUCAAUACAAUUGUUUAUAAGAUUAAUCACUUUGUUUUUAAGUGAUGCACAUGUGCCACCACAGGUAUUAUCUUAGAAGAUGUGUUACCUCCUAUGUGAGAGAAAAGGGGCACUGUCUGAGACAAAAAGGGAGUCUUCUACUUGGAAUUUUUAUAAUUACUAAUAUUUAAAAUGUCUUGAUUAGUUAGGGACACCUUUUUUACUAAAUCAAAAUGAUUUUGAUUAAUCUAACCAACUCGAUGACUAAGUGCUAAGCCUAAAUUCCACCCCUCUCCCCAGUUAAUUCCAAAAAACAGAGCGUCAGCAAUCAUAUCCCCCAAUCUGGAAGAUUUGUGGCAAAAUACCAUGUCUGUAGGUUUUGGUCAUUCAUUGGUGAGAUAAAUGCAUGCUGUGUAUGUUCAGAGGUACCCUUUUCCUUCAUCAUGUUCUAGGGUUCAGACCUGAUGAGAACCAGCUUUCAUUAAGCUAACAAUUUGCACUCUUCCUAACCCCCAGUUUGGGGUUAAUCUAUAAUGAAAUAUGCUGAAUAGAUGUUAUGUUUUUAAAAAUGUUUUGUGGAAUCAAAUUAAAUGACGUAGAAGAACCUA